ACAACCCUGCAUUAUAAAAGUCAUAUUUUUGUUUUUGGUUAUACUGAAUGUUUCGAAAAACAAAAUUUCUAAAACGUUUUAUUCAUUUGAAACUGGUAUCACGAAAGCAAUAAUGAAUUUCGUCCAAGAGAACAAUACAAUUCUUUACAUAUGGGGAGGAACAGUCAAUAGCGAAAUAGAACAGGAAGUGAAUCAGCUAAAAGCCAUUCCCAAUGUGAAGAUUAAUGUUGAAAAUACUGAUCGUGUUUUUCUCGCUAAUUACGGCAAUUCACAGUUUGAUGUUAUUCUCGCAAACGUAUCAACUGGAAACACAGAUCUUAUUUCACAUUUGCUAAAAUUGGUCAAACCAAAAGGAAAAGUAGUUUUCAAAGAUGACUCAAUCCAGGCUGAGACAGCUUGCUCCGAUUUACUGUUAUCUGGGUUCAUCAAUAUCACUCCAUUAGAAACCCACAUGGUCGUUGCUGAGAAACCAAACUAUGAAAUAGGAUCCGCUGCUAAGCUAUCUUUUGGUUCGAACAAAGAAAAAGUUGCUGCUGUUUGGAAGCUAAAUGUUGAUGACGAAGAUGAACAAAUCGAUGCCGAUGAGCUGCUGGAUGACGAGGACAAAAUUAAACCGACGGCAGAAUCGCUAAGAGUUUGUGAAACAACUGGAAAGCGCAAAGCUUGUAAAGACUGUUCUUGUGGUUUAGCAGAAGAGUUAGAGGCCGAAACAAAAAAAUCUAUUGUUCAGAAUACUGGUAUAAAGUCAUCUUGCGGAAGUUGCUACCUGGGCGACGCGUUCCGUUGCGCGUCAUGUCCUUACUUGGGAAUGCCAGCUUUCAAACCGGGAGAGAAGAUUCUACUAUCGGAUACACAGAUGAAAGCGGAUAUUUAAAUAGCGUAAAUCAGUAAUUUCAAAUAUGGUACUUGCGGACAAAUAAAAAUAGAAAUGUCGAUUUGCAAUUGA